AUGAUCUUCAGCUUUAUCCUCAAUACUGCCCCCUUUUCCCUUUCAGCCCUUGUUGUUCUGGCUCUAGCCCACCGUAUCCUUCCACCCUUCAAAAGCCUCACUCUCGUCGACCCCCCACACCAUACUGUCCCACAAGAUGACCCCUACGCAAAACACCCCAUCAUCGCCUUCCUCGACUCUAUAUCCCUCCCUGCUUUCUCUUCACUUUCCUUUGCCCAAAAACUUGCACUCUACCAAUUCCUUCUAAAUGCAACCAUCUAUACUACCCUCACAUCAGCUGUCCUCACCGCUGAACUUGUCCUAUGCGAAAUUAUAAACUGGCCGGCCCCAGAUGCUCGUGUCAUUGUUUGGAAAUUAACAACUACCAUUCUUAUUGCAAUGCUUGUAGGAGCAAUCCCCCUCCUCGAACUCUUUGCUCUCCUUUACUCCUCUCCUAUCCCUAUUCUUCGUCGUCUCAAGUACCCCCUCACCCUCCUUCUAUAUAUCCUCUGGCUUCUCAUCUUCCAAGCUGUCGGGAACCUAAUACCCCUCGUCUCACAUCAAACACAACCUUCACUCUCAGAUUCUACCCAAUCCCUUGCUUCUUACUAUUACUCCUACUAUGCUGCAAAUACCCGUACCCUCUAUGAAGAAACCCUCUCCCGUAUAGUCAUCAUUGGCGUCUGCGCAAUGGCCAUGCUCUCAGGCUUUGCUGCAGUUUCUACCCCAUACACCCUCGUCUUUGCACCUACCCCACGCCAAAUCACUGAUAAUGACAUCAAUAGAAUGAAAAAUUCCCUUGAAACUACUACCCGUCUACUUACUACCAAAACUCGCCUCUACAAGGCUUCCCCAGAAGGUCAUGCUGCCGCUGCUGCCGCUGCUGAUGCUGCUGACACCGCUGCCUCUAAAUCUUCUACCUCUUCAAUCAUUCUCCCUAAAAAUAUAUCAUCAGCAAGUCUCAAAGAACUCAUCAAAUCCUUACGUGCAGCCGCAACAGGUUCUACCCAUAACUUAUCUUCAUCUGCAUCUUCUUCUCCCUCAUCUGCCUUGGAACGUGAAAUUGAAGCUCUUUCACGUGCCCGUAGAGCCCUGCGGCACGACCUUCGCAUUCUAACAACAACCCAAGCCGAACAAGUUUAUGAAAAAACACCAUUCGGCAAAGUUAUUAAACGAUCUUACAAUAUCUUUGCCAUCUACUGUGUCUACAGAUUAGUUUCUGUCCUCUUUCUUCGAAACCCAAUUGCCCGCGCUCGCGUCCUCUUGGAAUACUUCUCCGGAGGAUCUCCCUCUACCCCGGCAUCCCAACAAGACGCCCUCGCAACAACAAUUGCCCAUAUUGUUCUGCGGCUAGCCCCAAAAUCAUCCCUAGAUGCUGACGCUUGGACACGUCAAGUCAGCUUCAUUUUGUCUGGCUUUCUCUUUGCAGGUUCUAUCUCUGCUGCAAUCACUACAUUUCAUUCUCUUACUUCCACUUUCCCCCUACUCAGACUAGAGCCCCACCUACUUUUCACUGAUGAAGAGCCUGAAAAUGAAGAUACUUACCCAAGCCCAACCCCCUCCGUUUCUGGAGUCUCCUCAGGUAUCCGCCACAGAUCAAACUCUAUCCAUAGAAGUAACCUUUUCCCCAAACAAUCCUCUCCUGCCUCCCAUGCUACUUCUUCUCGCUCUCUCCCUCGCGUCCAAUCCCUUCGCAACCCUUCACCUCUUGCCGCUUACUUUGACUACCCAAGUUUCGCCUUGCUCGUCAUUUCUCAAGUCCUAGGAGUCUACAUCAUCUCUUCAUCCUUGCUCCUUCGCUCAAACUUGCCUCAAGAACUGUCAUCUACCAUUACAAGAGCUCUCGGCGCUCCCCUCGAUACAAUUUUUGUCGAAUAUCUAUUUGAAUUCAUCUUUGCCGUCAUUGUCCUGAUGACCAUUGGUGGUAUCAUCAUUUUGGAACGCUAUGGAGCAGGAUUAACCACUGCACACACUGAUUAUUCGCCCUAUGACGAAGAAAGUCUUUUGGAAACACUAAAUUCUUCAGAAACCAAUGUUUCUAGUAUAAAUUGA